AUGAAAACAAAAAGGUCACAAGAUCGAGACGAUGAGUUUGACGUCUGCACGACCAAAGAAGUCAUCAGUGACAUUUCCCGGCCCUUUGGCCUGGCAGAAGGCUUUGUGGUGGAGGGCAGCGCGACGGAGAAAGUUUUAGAAGCAGCACCUGGCAGGGAUCCGCCACCGUUGCCUUCCCAGAGUUCUGAAGAGGGCUCAUCUAGUGGCCUGCCACACUGCCACUCCAGGUUUAGUGGCCACAUGUCUGGAAAUGGCACUUGUGGGAGUAGGGUGCCCUACAGUUCAGCGUCCAGUGGAAGGCAGCGGGAGCAGUCGUCUAAUGUCAGGAGGUCUGCAAGAGUGCCCAAACCACAGCGACGACUGAUAGAGCAGGGUGACGCUGUGAUCGAGGGCGUUGAGGAGAGUGGGGCUCUUAGUGGGGGAGAAGCCAGCCUGCCAGCAUCACCUCACUCUGAGAGUCCUGGAAUGGGGUCAACAGAAGGCCAGCUUCGUGGCCGCCCCAGGUUUAGGGGACGGGGAUCAGAGGGUGCCACUGCCCGAAACCGGUCGCCACACAGUCCAGCUUCCAGAAGGUGGAGGAGUGUGGAAGAGCCCGAUGUUCCACCGCCGAACUUCAAGUUCACCCCGAGGCGAAGGCCUGGCGUUCAGGCUCCUCUAAACACUGGGUCACCCACACCCCUCAAUAUUUUUUCAAAUUUUUUUGAUAUUGAGGUUUUGAGGCUACUGUGCAGAAACACUAAUCUGAAUGCUGCUCGCAACAAGACUCGAGGAAAGAAAUAUAAGUGGACGGACAUCAACACUGAGGAGAUGAAGAAAUUUAUUGGCGUUCGUCUCUACAUGGGUGUCGUAAACUUACCAAAGCUGACAGACUUGUGGCGAAAACACAGCAUUUACGAUGUUCCUUUUCCCUCUACCGUCAUGCCCAGAGACAGGUUCAAGGCCAUUUUGUCCAACUUGCACAUCAGCGACCCAGGAGAAGAUGCGAGCAAUGAACUGGCCAGAAGAACUGAGGAAUUUGACCCUCUACACCGUGUCAGACCUCUCCUCAACAUGAUUCGGACCCGCUGCAUGGCGGUCUACCAUCCGGACCGGCACAUUGCUGUCGACGAAAGAAUGGUGGCCACCAAAGCACGAUUGUCAUUCAAACAAUAUAUGAGGGACAAGCCGACAAAGUGGGGACUAAAGUGGUUUGUCUUGGCAGACUCCAAUGGGUACACAUUGGACUUCCAGCUCUACACAGGAAAGUCUGCAGGCAGUGGAAAGGGACUGUCUUUUGAUGUUGUGGCCUCAUUGGUCAACAAAGCCUAUCUGGGCAGUGGUUACAUUGUCUAUUGUGACAAUUUUUAUACAAGCCCUUUGCUCUUUCGUCAUCUUGGGCAGCUGGGGUUUGGGGCAUGUGGGACAUACAGGCAGGGAAGGGUGGGUGCUCCAAAAGACCAGGAGAAUGCCUUGACGAAGAGAUCACCACGUGGCACCAUUCGCUGGAUAAGGGAUAGGGACCUUCUCUUUGUGAAAUGGAUGGACACGAGAGAGGUUUCGAUCUGUACCAAUGUUCACAGUGUGUACAGUGGAGAGACUGUGAUGCGCUGGAGGAAGAAAGAGGACGGUACGUAUGAGAAGGUCCCCAUUCCCAGGCCGACCGCAGUGGGAGAAUACAACAGCUACAUGGGCGGUGUAGACACAUCCGAUCAGAUGCUGGGCACGAACUCUGUCCACAGAAAAACUCGGCGGUGGUAUAUUACCGUGUUCCAGCACCUGUUGGACAUUGCUGUGACCAACAGUUUCAUCAUUGCCAAGGAGCUGUCAAAAACCCGCAGUGAGAGACUGCCCACCCGACAGGACUUUCAGGAGGAGCUUGCAGCAAGUCUAAUUGGAGUCCCCCGCAAGACACAGCCACGAAAGCCCCUGGUCUUGACCAACCACUUUGCUGUCCCCACCAGCUCAACACAGUCCAAAAAUCAAAGAGCCAGCAUGGGUCGACGUCAGUGUGUGCUCUGUAAGCGCAGCACUCCCUGGAAGUGUGAGGACUGCGAUGUUGGGCUUUGCCUGCAGCUGGACAGGAACUGUUUUCGCAUGUAUCACAUGUCUGAAGAAGCUGAGCAAUAG